AUGUACGUCGCGAACCAUACUGACCACCUGUUCCGAGCAGUCGACUAUGACCCGAUUGACCACCUCAACCUUCUCUUUUCACACCCCUCGACCGUCUCCUCGAUCAGUAAAGUUUCGCAGACUCUGAAACAUAGGCAACAUGAGCUGCAAGAAGACAUCGACCGGCGAGAGACCCAACAGGCCUACCAGCCCAACUCGAGCCUGGAACGGAUGCAGUCAGCCCAAGCCGAGCUUGCCCAGCUCUUCCGCAAGAUCGAGAUGGUCCGCACACGUGCAGUCGAGACCGAGCAGAGCAUCACCUCCAUGACAGCAGACAUCAAGAGACUCGACGGCACUAAGCGAAACCUGACCCUCAGCAUGACGGCGCUGAAGCGACUCCAGAUGCUAACGACUGCAUACGAACAGCUUCGAGGGCUAGCGAACACAAGGCAAUACCGAGAAUGCGCGGGCCUUUUACAGGCAGUCUUGCAGCUCAUCAAGCACUUUAACAGCUAUAGGAGUAUCGAGCAAAUCGCAACUCUUAGUCGCGAAGUGUCAGACUUGCAGCGAGAGUUGCUAGCUCAGGUGUGCGAUGACUUCGAACUGGCAUUUACAAAGGGAGAAGUAGCUUCGCGCAAGGCAAUGCUCACGGAAGCCGCACUGGUUAUCGAUGCUCUCGGCGAAACAGCAAAGGGAAGACUAAUGACCUGGUAUGUCAACACCGAGCUCCGAGAAUACCGACAAGUCUUCCGGAGCAGCGAUGAGGCUGGGAGCUUGGACAACAUUGGGCGUCGUUAUUCGUGGUUCAAACGGUUGAUGAAGACUCACGAUGAUGAGCACGCUUCCAUUUUCCCUUCGCACUGGAAGGCAAACGAGCUACUAGCGACCGCUUUUUGUGAGGGCACGCGUGAGGAUUUUAAGGGUAUUCUGGAACGGAGCAUGCGACGGACGGAUGGCCAAAAGAUCGACGUCAAUCUGCUGCUGAGCUGUCUGCAAGAGACCUUGAACUUCGAACAAAACUUAGAGAAGCGGUUUUCUGACGGACCUCGAGCAAGCAUCGAUACUCUGAGCUCUACUGAUGAGCGCCCACAUAACUUCAACGGCCAAAUUUCCGUUGCUUUCGAACCCUAUCUCAGCUUAUGGGUUGAAUCUCAGGAUAAACAGCUGGCGACAAUGAUUCCGAGAUAUCGCAACCAACCACUCAUCCCACCAGACGAGGAAUUCACUGCCCAAGCGAUCAUUCCCUCAGCAAUCGAGCUCUUCCACUUUUACAAACUCACUCUGUCUCAGUGUGCGAAACUAUCUACCAGCGAUCGCUUAUUUGAUCUCUCAAAGAUUCUUUCACGGUACCUCGACGAAUAUGCGCAGCAAGUGCUCCUCCACAUCUUACAAGUUGCGCCCCAGAGUAGCUUGUCUGUUCAAGAUACGAUUCUAGUCCUCAACACGGCAGACUUCUGGCAUGUCAACACAAACCAGCUGGAGGAUAACAUCAAGAAGAGGAUCGAUCCAGACCUCGUGUCCAAGGUUGAUCUUUCAUCCCAGGCCGAUGCCUUCCUUGGGGUGGCGAGAACGGCGGUAUUGGCACUCGUCCAGCAUGUUGCGCUGGAAUGUGAGAGCGUAUGGCGAGAGAUGAAGAACACUAACUGGAGUACUAUGGAGAGUGCGGGCGAUCAGAGCGCUUGGGUUGGGGAGCUUGUGAAACAUGUGAGCAGCAAGGUGCAGGAUGUCCUCGCGCUCGUCACAAAGCAACAAUACGCGAGAGCGUUCUGUGACAACCUCGUGGAGCAUUUGGCCUCAAGCUUCAUCAACAGCAUCGUUCAAUGCCGACCUAUCUCCGAGGUUGGUGCUGAGCAGAUGCUGGUUGACAAAUACGCCUUGACCAAGGAAUUUGGUGGUUUAAUCCUUCACCACAACCCAACGCAGCCCGCCCAGGCGCCCCCAGCAAGCUACACCAGAAGAGUUGAGCACUGCAUGAAUCGCAUGGACCCGCUGCUCAAGACCCUGCAGGUCCGCUCGUCGCCUCCUGAGGGUCUUGUACAGGCCUACCUAAUCCACAUUGCAGAUCGGUCUGAGACAAACUUCAAAAAGAUAUUGGACCUCAAGGGGGUCAGGAAGCAGGACUAUAGCCAUCUUCUCGAACUAUUUGCCAUCCACAGAGACAGCAGCUCGAACAGCAAACUCGUAGCCUCCUCGGCCCUCCUGACACCACUGAUGUCCGGCACCGGUGGCGGUAAUGGUGGCCUUGGGGUCAUGCACAUGCCACUGGGCUCAACAUCACCGAGGUUUGACACCGGGUCGCUCGGUGAGAAAUUGCUCAGUGCGGCAAGAGACAUCGGAGCCGGUGGUCAGGUUGGACAAGGAGGAGACAAAACCAACAUCAACGAGAACUUGCGCAAUUUGGGCAAGUUCUUCAAGAGAGAUAUCGGCGGGCUAGGGGUACGCUUUGGGAAACGGGACGGGAGCCUAGGCGAAGAUGGGAUGCGGUGA